AUGAGUGACUACACGGAAAGGCUCAGGGAACAUCGCGAUGACCUCAGUAAACAGGUCCAUGAAUUGAAGGAACUUCUACGCCGUGAAGCGGCGAAGGAUUCUGUCGAGCGUGCGGAAAGAUACCAGGCGCGGGGAUUGUGCCUCCAGGUUGUGGGACAGGCGUCUCCAGAGGACCUGUAUGUUUCUGUGAAUUAUAUCAAGAGCAAGUUGGCAACGUUCUAUAUCGCGGACAGAAACUAUGAUGGAAAGCUUACCAUUCAGGAGCUGUUGUCGGUAUAUGGGCCCGAGCAGAGGGAGGAGAUAGAGAAAUUCUUCAAAGAGAAGGAUGUUUCUAGAGAUCAAAAGCUUAGUCUUUCUGAGUGGUUCAUCAUCGGUGUACUGGGUACCUGGUGCAAACCAGGAAAACCCUGGUGCAAGCAGGUCAAGGCAGAGUGA